AUGAUUGCACGUAUAUACAAAUAUAUUAUUACGCUAUUUUAUUUUUUGUUGUAUAUAUUUAUUUUGUUUCAUUGCUUGAAUAGCUUGAUCAUAAAAUAUAAUGUCAAGGUGGAAGGAUUAAGAUUAGUUAGUCGGAUGAAAAGAGGGAAAAUAUUGAAGGGAUGUUUUCCAAAAGAUGGUAUAUUACAUAAUCAUUAUAUCUCAACAUUGUUUAUUAAAAAUGAUGGGGAGAUAUAUAAUAAGUACAUAGGAGGGAAAAAAGAAAAAGUUAGAAAGAGAAAAAAUGAUAUAGGUGGUAGGGUUCGUUUUAGAAGGUAUGGGAAAGAUUCUCGGAAUCCUCAUUUGGCAUAUGAAUAUAUAAAUAAGAUUAUUGAAAAUAAAAAAUAUGAAAUUACGAAAUUAUUAGAAGAAAAUUGUGAUGAAAAUAAUCCAUUACAAAUAAGAAUGAAAUAUUUACAACAUACUAUGAAUAAUAAAUUAUCCGAAAGUUUAAAAAGAUCAAAUAAUGAUGAGAAGCAUAGAUUAUCAUUAAUUGCUGAUAUGAAGAGGAAAAUUUUUUGUAGCAUUGAAAAAGAAAAAAAAAAGGAAAAAGAUCAUAAAACAAAAGAAGGGUUAUAUAACAAUAUAAAUGUAGGAUAUGAUAAUUUACAAGAUGAAAAAUAUAUAUAUGAAGACAUAUUAAAGAAUGAAAAAGAAUUCGAUGAUGAUGAUAUAAUGAAGAAUAAUGAAGAAAAAAAAAAAAAUAUAAAUAAUAAUUAUAUAUAUCAACAUAAUUUUUUAAAUUUAAGUAACCCAGGAAAUGUCAGUUUGUUAUUACAUGAAAUAGGAUUUGAUGUAUUAAUAGUUAAUAUUGAUGAAUUAUCAACUCAAGGAAAUAUAAAUGAUUUAAAAGAUAUAAUAAAAAGUACAAGAACAUUACCAAGAAAUAAAAGACCAGCAAUUGUUGUAGAUGACAUAAUUAUCCAUCCUAUACAAAUAGCUUUAGCCGUAGAAAACCAAGCAGAUGGUGUUAUAUUAAAUUUAUCUUAUUUAAAAAAUGAUAUGGAAGAAAUGUUACAAUAUUGUGUUAAUGUUGGUACUCAAGCUAUUGUUGAAGUACAUGAUUAUAAUGAUAUAUAUUUUGCUACACAAUGUGGAGCUUAUAUACUUAUGAUCAAUGAAUAUGAUUUUUAUAAUAAUAUAUAUGAAUAUAACCAUGCUAUUAAAGCUAUAAAUUAUACUAUACCCGAAAUUAUUACUAUUGCUAAAGUUAAUACUAAUGAAGUGAAUUAUAUAGAAAAAUUAGGAAGCUUGGGAUAUGAUAGUAUAUGUUUAGAAAAAAAAUUAAUUGAUGAUGACCUUCAACAAUUUGUUACCUCAUGUAAAGGAUGGAGUGCUCCUCAUAAAACAUUAUUAUAUCUUAAUAGAAAUAAUUACCUUAAAGAAUUUCUAACAUAUGAUAAAAAUGGACAAACAGGGGAAAACCAUAAGGAUAUUACAGAAAAUCUAAAAAAUUUAUAUGACGAUAAAAAUAUUUCAAAUAAUUAUUCCCACACGCUUUUGAAAAGGUAUGAAAAGGAGCACAUCGAUGGGGAGGAUAUAACAAAUGAUGAAGCCAUGAAUGGUGCUAUAAAUCAUGAUAUAAGUCAAGAUAUAAAUCAUGAUAUAAAUCAUGAUAUAAGUAAAGAUAUAAAUCAUGAUAUAAGUCAAGAUAUAAAUCAUGAUAUAAAAAGAUACAAUGUUUUAAAUAAGGAUAAUCCUAUGAAAUACAAAACUGAAGGUAAUAAAAACAAUUACGCAGAAAAAAAAGAAAGUUUUGAAAAUAAAUGCAUUGAUAAUAAGAAUAUAAAGCACACUAAUAUGAAUAAAAAAGAAGAGAUAUUAAGCAAAGAAGAAAAACAAAUAGUACAAAAUUUUAAAAAUGAAAAAAAAAGAGAACUUAUGUUGUUAAGUCAAAUGAAAGAAAUUAUUAAAGAGGUUGACGAUCAAUGUAAAAAUUAUGAUACAAAUACUGAUGAACAAAAUCAAAAGAAAGAAGAAAAAUUAGAAUCCUUAUUAGAAAAUUUUACAAAAUUAGAUAAAAACUUCUUAAAAGGAUUUUUCUCAGAUGAAGAAAUAAAUAAUAUAGAAAAUACAAUGAAAAAUGCUGUUGAGCAAAAAAAUAAAAUACAAAGUGGUGAGAUUAAUAUUGAUCAUAAAAAUUUAACGGGUUACCCUAUGGGUACCCUACAAAAUAGUCCUAUGAAUAAUUUGGAUAUAUAUAACUUAACAAAAGAAUAUUUUGGUGAAACACAAAAUAGUGAUGCACAUACUGAAAAUAUAUUCGAUAGUGAUCAAAACAAGUUAUUGGAUGAAUCGACAGAAGAUUCAUCCAGAGGUCUAGACUCAAGUUAA